ACAAAGUGUAUAGAAGAGAACCUUCUUGUCACGCCUCUCUUACUCUUGUCUUGUGGUCCAAUAAAACCCUAAUUUUCUUUUCGUCAGUUUCUCCACUAUAUUAGAUCCUACAACUUUCAUGCUUUUUACUUGUCUCUCAUAUCUUCUUAUUAAGAUUCACAAGAACGGAUAAGAAAAAAGAAAAGAAAUGGAAUGGUCAACGACAAACAACUUAGAAAACGUGAGAGUUGCUUUUAUGCCGCCGCCAUGGCCGGAGUUGAACUCCUUUAACUCACUCCAUAGCUUCAACUAUGAUCCUUAUGCAGCAGGUCAUUCAUACAUGCAUGGCGAUACACAAACCGGACCGGUUAUCUCUGUACCUGAAUCAGAAAAGAUCAUCAAUAAUGAGUACCGAUUACCAAGCAACAACAAAGAGAUAACAAAGAAGAAAAGACUAACGAGUGGACAAUUAGCUUCACUUGAACGGAGUUUUCAAGAUGAGAUCAAACUAGAUUCAGACAGGAAGCUGAAGCUGUCAAGAGAGCUUGGUUUGCAGCCACGUCAGAUAGCGGUUUGGUUCCAGAACCGCCGUGCACGCUGGAAGGCAAAGCAGCUCGAGCAGCUGUACGAUUCGCUUAGGCAAGAGUACGACGUCGUUUCUAGAGAGAAGCAGAUGUUACAUGAGGAGGUGAAGAAGCUGAGAUCUAUACUAAGAGACCAGGGAUUAAUCAAGAAGCAGAUCUCCGGUGUGACUAGUGGGGAAGACACGACGGAGAUUGCAUCUGUGGUGACCACCAAAGUGUACGGUCCUGAUCAAUACAACAAUCAGAUGGUUGUCGCUUCCUCUUGCUGGACGCCUUACCCGUGAUAGCUGCUGCUGAUCUUAGAGACAGAGAGCUUUAGACUAGUCAGGGUACUUUCAAGUGGUGUUGCACUAUGAGACAAGCUUUUGCUCAUUGUACGAUCUUAAAACAUAAAGGGACCAUUCUUGUGUCCCACGCUUAUCAAUCUAUUCAUUCCACGGUCUCGUUAUUUGAAAGUUGUAUUUGCCUUCGUUUUCUCUUACUUAGCUGCAUGCAAGUACUGGCUUUUUGUUCUUUUUUUUUUUUGAAACACU